AUGGGAAGGAGCAAUUCUGUGUCCCAAGGUGAGUCUUUAAAUGAUAAUAGUUCCUCUUUGGGUCCGGAUGAAAGCAACACUCCUUCACCUGGCGAAAGUGGCACUUCCAGUUCAUUUAGUGGAGGCAACUUGUCCCAUGCGAGCAGCUCGUCAUCAUCCAGCAGUGGCAACAGCUUGCCUAGUAGUGGCAGCUCUUCCUCGGCUUCCUUUUCAGCUAGCGCAGGAAUUUCCGCAUCACAUGACCAAGUGGUUGCCCCGCGCCGGUCUACUCGUGUGACACGCGGCCAGCCACCUCCUCGUCUUGAUGACUACGUGGCUUUUAAUGUCAAUCCCAUUCCCAUUCCUGCAAAUUAUAAGCAGGCAUGUGGGAUUCCAGAAUGA